AAGAUUGUUUAAUCAAUAGUAACAGGCCACCUCUGCCCUACCUUUCAAUUUGUUUUGCAGUUAUUUAGCUUACGCUUAGUUAACCGAAAAAUGAACGACAGUGAGAUCGACAACUUGAAGACCGAGUUAGAUCAUGAAAAAUCAUGCAGAGAGGCAGCAGCUUGGCAGAAUGAUGAUUUCCAAAAGCAAAUCGUGUCGGUUCAAGACGAGCUUCGUAAAACCGACUACAUUUGGGAUAAUGAUGAAGACCUGGAGCGGGAGAGCUCGAGGCACAAGCACCUCCUGGACGCAAUAGACCAGUUGAAAGCGGAGCUGCCUAUUUGGAAAGAAAAGUUGAAGAACGCCAAAGUUUGCGGACCAGAUUGCAAGCUGAAGCACGAUGAUCUGAACAUAAACCUCGACAUUCUUACUCCAGCUGAGCUUCUUCGUACUGUGAAGCGGUUCGAGAGGAUCAAGACAGACCUGAUCAGCACCCUUCGCAGCAAGGAGUGGCGUCUGGAUUCCGAGUCCAAGUUGUUCGUGCGUGUGAACGACCAGCGGACGUACCUGCAGAACGAGCUGAUGAUCUGUCAGAAUAACAUCAUGCGUCUGCAGAGAAACGGCUCGUAUUGGCAACACGUCCCCCGACGAGCCGACGAGCGAGUGCUGGACAAGCGAGGACCUCUCAAGAAGGUCCUAGGGUCCGGUCUAGGCCAGCGCCUGCCCCCCAUCGCCACCUAAUGUGCUUCACCACUUCACAUCGAGAUUCACAGUUAUUUGUAGGUACUUUGUUUUAAUUAUUGUCACUUGGGAUAGGUAUUUUGAAUUUUUAUUUUGGUUAUGAGGUCCGACUAUAGUACGCUGAUUAGUGCCUUACACUGACAUAUUAUGGUAACGCUAACGCCUGGAUAACUAGCAUAGAAAGUAAGUUAUGUACACGCUAGCGAAUGUCAGUGUCAUGUUAGUGAUAAGCUGAUGUUGAGUUGAGACUAUAUAGAUCCUGUUGGCGAAUGAGCCACUAAUGCGUCACUAGUCCCUACCUAUAUAAGCACCAUUCGCGAAUCACUCGUGGGGUUAUUCUACUUAUUCUACUUGGCCUAAAUUAGUCCUGAUACAUACCUACCCAAGAUCAUCGCUAUAUUGUCCACUAUUGCCCUUAAAAAAAAGAGGGCGUUUUUGGUAUGUAUGAAGGUCCAGAACCUUUCAUUGUGCGUGUUUCGACACGCUGGUUUUAUUUGUAGGUUGUUUUCUUUGGUUUUCGCUAUAAUUUUUCGCCGUUACUACAUGUAAAAUUGUAAUUUCUAUUUUUUCACGAUUUAGAUAUGUAGACGGCAAAGUCCGCACAAUUAGACGUACCUGUUCAUAGUGUUAUGUUAAUAUUUGUAAUAUAUGUAUAACCACUUAGGAGGUUAGAGGUCCUCAGAUAGACAACUUUUAAAAUUCGUAAUCGGUGGUAGGCUUAGUGGCCCAACUGGCCGAAGUCUGCCAAGCCACAUCAGUAUCAUAGGUUAAUUGUUAAACUUAUAUAAAAUCAAUCAACAAUUAAAAUUAAAUAACCUCAAUAACAUUCGGUUUCGUAGUAGGUACAGUCAGCAGCCCAAGUUGCUAAGCCGGCAGGGUGUUAAAAAUUCUUGACGCGACUUGGUAAUUUUGAACACGUCGCCCGCUUAGCAACUUCUGCUGCUGACUGUAUGCAUGAAUGUAGAAUUUCUGCCUAGUAAAAAAUAAAAAUAUAAUUCAAAUUUUUAUUUACAAAUAUAUAUGUUACAGAAUUAUAUUGAUUAGGUAUGUAUAUUAGCAAUAAAAUAAAGGUUUUAAACUA